GCUCUUCUCCUCAGAUUUGUUUCUGAAGCUGCGAGGGUGCAGCCAAAAGCCGCGAUGGCCACGUACACCGCUUACAGUGGCUACAGUAAACCCCCACAAUCUUAUGUGGGCUCUUACUACGACGAGAAACAGGCCAAAGCCUACACAGAUUAUCAAGACUCUGUGUACGAGGAGAAAAAGAGACUCGAUAAGAAGGACCGCAGGGACGCCAUUUGUUGUGAGGUGGUGGCACUCGUCAUCGGAUUCAUUGGACUGAUCGGAGUGUCGGCCGUGACGGGCCUGCCGAUGUGGAAGGUGACAGCCUUCAUCGAGGAGAACAUCAUUGUCAUGGAGACCCGCUGGGAGGGAUUAUGGAUGAACUGCUACAGACAGGCUAACAUCAGAAUGCAAUGCAAGGUGUACGAUUCCCUUCUGUUUCUGCCCCCGGACCUCCAGGCCGCUCGAGGUCUGAUGUGCAGCUCCGUGGCCCUCGCCUCCUUCGCCCUCAUCGUUUCAGCAGUGGGGAUGAAGUGUACCAAAGUGGUGGACCACCGGGCUCGCACCAAACACAUUGUUCUCGUGUCUGGAGGCUGUCUGUUCCUCAUGGCCUGUGUCACCACCCUGAUUCCUGUGUCCUGGACCGGCCACGUCAUUAUCAGGGAUUUCUACAACCCACUGCUGAUCGAUGCCCAGCGCCGGGAGCUCGGGGAGGCUCUGUACAUCGGCUGGGUGACCUCGGCUUUGCUUUUCAGUGCCGGGGUGAUUCUGCUGUGCCGUCACGCUCCUCGCACCCAGGAUUCAGAUGAGAGGAUUGUGUACAACCCCGGGGACAGUGUCUACCAACCUGCCUACGCUUACCAGCCAUACACUUACCAGCCGGCCUACACCUACCAGCCUGCCUACUCUGUACCACCACCAGGAUCUGUAGCAUACACACCAAGUCAGUACUAGUGGAAUCAAACACAGAGACUAUCUUGAAUCAUGUUUUUUUUUUAUUUGCCAGGACUUAUUGCAAUUGAGAAUAAACUGACAAAUAUGACGAGAGGCUGUCACUGAAAAAGGCCAGAUAUUUUAUUCCUUUCUCAAAGGAGGGCCAAGUGUGUUUUGAUCAUGAUGAACUGUGUUGGAUUUCUGCAUUCUUUGUUUCCAUGUGAUUGAUUUUCACUAAAUUAUAUCAGUUAAUGAGGCGCAAUAUAUAUUUUUUCAAACCUGUAAUAAUGUAAUCUGUUAUGUAAUCCUUACAGCCUCUGCUCACAUGCUCUUUGAGAACAAACUAUGCACUAGGCCUUUUUCAGAUACAAUACUGCCAAAUGAAUGUACAUACUAAAUAAAACAUAAAACAUAAGGUCACUAAACUGUGGUUUAUAAUAAAGGGAUAAUGUUCAGAAAACUGAGGAACUGAUAAGCUGAUGGAGAAGUAAGGGUAAACCACAACUUACACCAUAGCCAAUGUUUCACUACCUGCCUGGGAUAACAAAGUUCCCACUGACACUGCUCCUGUUUGACUCACUCGUGUUGCGUGUACAUGGAGACUUGUUAUGUUGUCUGCAGUAGAAAUGUGCCUAAACUGGUUUAACCAGACCGCUGACAUGGGUACACUCACAACACAAAGAUGCCAAGAGAUUUCAUUUCAAACAAGCCACAGGGCUGCUGCUUUUUUAGACCCCAGAUAAAUCAAGAAAUCCAGACAGGAAAUACAACACUGACAGGGAGACGUCAUCACACAGCAAUAAAUAAUGUAUAGGCAUUUCUAAAUGUUCUUUUUGUUAACGUUUUGUGUCUCUAGUCCCAUUGCAGUCACAUUUUCUGAACACACAGAAUACCACCAUAGUAAAUGAUGAAGAAUUGAAUUGAUUAUGUUUUGUGUCAUGUUCUCUGUCCUCACUUAUGAUUCAAAAAUAAACAAAUUCCUUUAUACUAUAUAUUCUUUAUGACCAUUCUUAUUAUUAGUAGUCGUAGUUGUUAAUGAUUGGGGUUUUAAUCUUUAAGUCAUUUGAAAAUUUUAUUUUUUGAUUAUUAUGAGGAGUUAAUUUUGAGGCAGCUCAACAUUCAAAUCAAAAAAUGUUCUGUUUUUUCCUGUCAUGUCAAAUUUUAAUAAACAAAACCUGGAGACCAGGACAAACA